AUGACAACAAUGACGAAUACCAUAUUGAAUAAUGAAUAUUGGAAUAAUAUUUCAGUCAAUCAAUCGUUUGAUUUUGAUGAUCUAUUUUCUUCAGCUUUUAAUUUUGUUUUACCAAUGAAAAAUGAAAAUACAGAAAUAUUAUUAUUAUCAUCUGAGAACGAUCAUAAAUACUCACAAACAUUACCAACUAAUAAUACAACAGAAGAAUCUCAACAACCGAGUCUGAUAUGUGGUGUUUGUGGUGCACCAGCAUUUGGUUAUAAUUUUGAUCAAAUCACUUGUGAAUCAUGCAAAGCAUUUUUUCGUCGAAAUGCAUUACGAUAUAUGGUAAUAAUCUAUUAUUUGAGAUUGAAUACUUAG